AUGGAAGGUUUCUACUUAAACUGUGGAUCAUCCUAUACAACGAAACUCAACGAGAUAAACUACACAUCAGACAGAGGAUUCAUUAACGUAGGAAACACAACAACAAUAAAACAAAAACACCUUCUUCCAAUCCUCUCAACAUUACGUUACUUCCCAGACAAGUCAUCUCGAAAACACUGUUAUAACUUCCCUGUCUCCAAGAACUCAAAGUACCUUAUCCGAACCACUUACUACUACGGCAACUUCGACGGUAAAAACAACCCACCAGUGUUCGACCAGAUCGUUGGAGGCACAAAAUGGAGCGUUGUGAAUACGUCAGAGGAUUACUCCAAGGGUCAGAGUUCUUAUUACGAGAUCAUUGUUGGUGUUCCUGGGAGGACACUUAGUGUUUGUCUAGCCAAGAAUGCGAAGACUCUUUCUUCACCUUUUAUAUCGGCUUUAGAUGUGCAAUCUCUUGAUGAUACAAUGUACAAUUCCACGAAUCUCGGGUUGUACAAGCUCAGCCUCAUUGCUAGAAACAGCUUCGGAGCAGAUGGAGAAAUGAUUAGCUAUCCAGAUGACCAAUACAACCGUCUAUGGCAACCCUUUUCAGACCAGAAGAAACAGACAGUGAUCUCUCAAAGCAGCAUUAACCCAUUGGACUUCUGGAACAUUCCACCGGCUAAAGCUUUCAUGGAAGGUUUCACAGUGAGAAAAGGGAAGGCUCUAGAGCUUCAAUGGCCGCCGUUCCCUCUUCCUGCCACAAAGUACUAUAUAGCUCUGUAUUUUCAGGAUGAUAGAAGUCCAAGCCCAUUGAGCUGGAGAGCUUUUGGUGCAUCAAUCAAUGGAGCUACGUUUUCAAGAAAACUCAAUGUGAGCACCAAUGGGGUUAUGGUUUACUCUGGUCAGUGGCCAUUGUCAGGUCAGACUACGAUCACGCUGACUCAAGCUAAAGGUUCACCGAUGGGACCAGUGAUCAAUGCUGGAGAAGUGUUUCAGGUUAUUCCUCUCGGUGGAGUUACUAAUAUUAGUGAUGUCACUGCGCUGGAAGAUUUGUUAGAGAGCAUCAAUGAGCCUCCUGCAGAUUGGUCUGGUGAUCCAUGUCUACCUCUUGCUAACUCGUGGACUGGUGUAAGUUGUUCCAGAGAAAAAUUCGCCAAAGUGAUUUCUCUAAAUCUGACAAAUCGUGGACUAGUGGGCUCUCUACCACCAAGCAUUAGCAACAUGACUGCACUUAAAGAUCUAUGGUUAGGGAAGAACAAUCUCACAGGACUGAUCCCAGAUUUGAGUCCAAUGACGAGAUUAGAAACUAUACAUUUAGAGGACAACCAGUUCAAUGGAACGAUUCCUGAGUCACUUGCACUGCUGCCUAAUCUCCGCUUACUGUCCAUCAAGAACAACAAACUUCAAGGGCGUCUCCUGAGAAUAUGCCAAGCACAAACAACACCGGGCCAAGUUAGGGUGUUAACACUGAUCAGAGUUCAAGUGCUCACAGUGAUAGAUCAGGGAACCUGUAAACUACAUGCUCAUUUAUCUCGGCCUCUAAAAUUGAAGUACACAGAUCUCAUGGAAGAAGGGUUAAAUCAAGGAAAAGCAUUUGGGCGGCAAUGA